AAAGUGCACGGAUAUUAUUAUUUCGUCCCGUGAAUACCUAGUCAGUUCGACACUUCGACAGGCGUAAGCGGUCGUAUCUAUCAUUACUCGCUUUACAUUAGUAGGUCAUAUAAUAUAAUACAUACAAAUAUUUAUAUAUAUUAUAUAUAUUAUAUUAUAUCGACCAAUUGCGGCGGCGAACACAAGGAGAUACAGGAGCGUGCGGUAAUAUAAUUUCAACGAAAAUGGACAAAUGGAUAGGAAAAGUCGCCGUGGUCACGGGAGCGUCGUCUGGGAUCGGAGCGGCUACGUGUAGGCAACUGGUUGACAGAGGAAUGAUUGUUGUCGGAUUUGCCAGGAGGGAAGAUAGACUCGAGGAGUUACAAAAAGAUUUGAUCGGAAAACUGGGUGAGUUUCAUUACUACAUAGUUGAUUUGUGUUUGGAACAAAAUAUCCAAGAAGCAUUCGCAUGGGUAAAGAGCACAUUGAAGUCGGUCGACGUAUUAGUAAACAAUGCUGGAGUUUGGAGAAAUAGUGACGCUUUAGGAAACCCACAAGACUGGAAAUUGAUGUUUGACACCAACGUGUUAGGACCGAGCAUUUGCAGUAAAGAAGCCGUGAAUAUCAUGAAGGAGCUGAAAAUCAACGGUCACAUAAUAAAUAUAAAUAGUGAUAUUGGUCAUUAUCCACCAACGUUAAUGGCAAACAUGUCUGUCUAUAGUGCGACCAAGUUUAGUAGCGUUUCAAUAACUGAAAGCUUACGAGAACUGUUAGCCUUACAUAUGUUACCAAUCAGAGUCACUAGUAUUAGUCCGGGAUUAGUAGAUACCGAAAUGGUUGAAGAUGUGAUGCCCGGUGCACCAAUAUUGAAACCUUCAAAUAUAGCUGAUGCAAUUAUAUAUGUUUUGGCAGCUCCACAAUACGUUAACGUUUCUGAAAUUCUUAUUCGGCCUACAAGUGAGACAAUGUUACCGUUUAUUAAGGACGCGUUUCAAGAAUUAAAUAUUAAUUUGUAAUAUUAUAGACGACGCGUAUUCGCUAAUCGAUAUAUUUAACGUACCUAUACGAUGUGUUGUAACUUGUAAUGUAUAUGGUGUAUUUUUGAUAAUUUUGAAAUGUAUUAAAUCAUUAAGUUUGUAGUCCUGUUUCGGUAUCUUACUAAUACAAUAAAUAAUAUCAAGGUAAAUUAAAUUGAAAAAAAUUGUUUUAGCAAAGCUAUUAUUUGAAAUAAACUAUAUAAGCUACCUUCUUUA